AUCAUGGUUGUCACAUUCUUUUUGAUUACUGCUGGCCUAAAGUGCCAUCCAUUUUUUCAAAGCCUAUUGAUAAUAACCCCUUAACCAAUUUUUUGAUUGAUUAUUUAGUCCAGAAUUAUCGAGAGGGACACUGGAGAUUAUACUAUUACUCGUGUAUUUUCAAUAAGAAAAUAAAUAAAAUAAUUUCGUGUCGGAACAAAUACACCCAUCACUCUCUCUCUCUCCACCGACGCUCAUGAGAGAGAAUUCCCAACUGACACAAAAAAAUUCUCCACAGCAAACUGGCAAAGCGUAGACUUUCCCCCAAAUCAUUGAUCAAUUUUUAGAAACCAAUAUUCCAAAUUCCCGUCUCCCAGCUGUUUCCCUAUUCCCCAAUGCCAAUUUCCCACCAAUUUCCCACCCCAAACCCUAACUCCCUAUCCCCAAUUGCUUCGAUUUUCAGCUGGGUAUCAUCAAUCUGACGCAAUUGAACCCAAACCCUAGUCCGAGUUUCGAUAUUUUUUUUCCGUUUACGAGCUCAACACCUUUGAUUCAGCUCCCAAAAUGCUAGACCGGUGCUUAGGCUCGCGCAAGCUGUGGAAGAUCAAGCGACUCCUCCGUAACGGGAAGUUAACGCUCCUCUGCCUGGUCCUGACGGUGAUCGUCAUCCGCGGCAACCUCGGCGCCGGAAAAUUCGGCACGCCUCAGCAGGACCUCAUCGAGAUCCGCCAGCACUUCUACUCCGGCGGCCGCCGCUCCGAACCCCGCCGCGUCCUCGAGGAAGCCGUGACGGAGAACAACUACGCCACGUUCGACAUGGCCAAGAUCUUGGUCGACGAAGGUGAGGACGAAAAGAAACGUGAUCCAAACAAGCCUUAUAGCUUGGGUCCCAAGAUAUCUGAUUGGGACGAGCAAAGAGCUGAAUGGCUCGCGAAAAACCCUAGUUUCCCUAACUUCGUGGGGCCCAAUAAGCCUAGGGUUUUGCUAGUUACCGGGUCGUCGCCGAAACCGUGUGAAAACCCGGUUGGCGAUCAUUACCUGUUGAAGUCGAUUAAGAACAAGAUUGAUUACUGUAGGGUACAUGGGAUUGAGGUGUUUUAUAACUUCGCUUUGUUCGAUGCGGAGAUGGCUGGGUUUUGGGCUAAGCUCCCAUUGAUCCGGAAGCUCUUGUUGUCUCACCCGGAGGUCGAGUUUUUGUGGUGGAUGGAUAGUGACGCCAUGUUCACCGAUAUGGCGUUUGAGGUCCCGUGGCAGAGGUACAAGGAUCACAAUUUUGUGUUGCACGGGUGGAAUGAGAUGGUUUACGAUCAGAAGAAUUGGAUCGGGUUGAACACGGGUAGCUUCUUGCUGAGGAAUUGUCAGUGGUCUUUGGACAUUCUUGAUGUUUGGGCUCCGAUGGGUCCCAAAGGGAAAGUUAGAGAAGAGGCUGGAAAGUUACUCACUAAGGAACUUAAAGAUAGGCCGGUUUUUGAAGCUGAUGAUCAGUCUGCUAUGGUUUAUAUACUCGCAACCCAGAGGGAAAUGUGGGGGAAAAAGGUUUAUCUUGAGAGUGCUUAUUAUUUGCACGGUUAUUGGGGUAUUUUGGUCGAUAGGUACGAAGAGAUGAUUGAGACUUACCAUCCAGGUCUUGGGGAUCAUAGGUGGCCGCUUGUGACUCACUUUGUCGGGUGCAAGCCGUGUGGGAAGUUUGGUGAUUAUCCGGUGGAGAGGUGUUUGAAGCAGAUGGAUCGUGCUUUCAACUUUGGGGACAAUCAGAUUUUGCAAAUGUAUGGGUUUACGCACAAGUCGCUUGCUAGUAGGAGGGUGAAGAGAACCAGAAAUGAGACGAGCAACCCUCUUGAGGUUAAGGAUGAGCUUGGUUUGCUUCACCCUGCAUUUAAAGCUGUUAAAGUUGCGUCCUCUUGAGGGCAAAUGGAGGUGGUAUGUCUAAAUCAAGAUGGAGGUGCCUUUACACUAUUACGAUUCUUUGUUCGCUUUCUGAGUUGUAUGCAUUUUCUUUUGUAUUUUGGUGAUAUUUGAAACUUGUGGUACGUCUGGUUGCUGUAUUACUCGUUUAUCUCGAUCCCUAUGGUGUUGCUACUUACCAGUCUUUAAAUUACAUUGAUUUUGAAUAGAAAGCAAAGUCUAAUUUGUGCUA